UCCAAUCGUUGAUCUAACAUUACGCAACACUCGGGUCACUGACAUGGAAAAAUACUGGAUCAUGAGCAUCGCUGAAGCCUGAAGUCUAAACAUUUUUAAUAAACUAUAUGAAUAGGAUGUAAUCGUGCUAUUAUAGUCGAAUUCCCUCCGCGAUCGCUGCCUUCUAUAGCAGAUUUUUGACGAUUUUUGCUCGGGAGUUGAAGAUUUUUACAACUUGGGGAAAAAUGGCUCCCACAAUAGCGUCUCAAAGGGUCAGCUCUAAUGGUGUCACUAAAGAUAUUUUUCAAUAUCUCCAUGAAACCCUGGCUGAAAGAGUGAUGAUUAUUGAUGGUGCAAUGGGAACUAUGAUCCAGCAGCACAACUUGGAUGAAGAUGCAUUUCGAGGAACAGAGUUUAAACAACAUCCUAAACCACUUAGAGGCAACAAUGACUUACUUAGCAUCACACAACCGGACAUUAUUUUUCAAAUCCAUAAGGAAUAUUUGGAAGCCGGCGCGGAUUUCAUAGAAACGAACACUUUUAGUGGAACAUCGAUCGCACAAGCUGAUUAUGGACUCGAACAUAUCGUUUAUCGUCUCAAUAAAGAAUCGGCGAAACUCGCGAAAAAAGCUGCAGAAGAAGUUGAGAUAUCAUCUGGGAUUCCUCGUUUCGUUGCUGGUGCUGUUGGACCGACAAAUAAGACAUUGUCCCUGUCGCCUUCAGUUGAAAAUCCGGGUUAUAGAAAUGUCACGUUUGAUGAGCUGGUUGAGGCGUAUUCUGAACAAAUCCGUGGUCUUCUUGAUGGCGGUGCUGACAUUCUAUUGGUGGAGACAGUGUUCGAUACGGCAAAUGCCAAGGCAGCUCUUUUUGCCGUCAGUACGAUAUUCGAAACAUAUGAACGCGUUCCAGUUUUUGUUUCUGGGACGAUUGUUGAUAAAAGUGGACGCACGUUGUCGGGUCAAACAGCUGAGGGUUUCAUAACCAGUGUCUCGCACGCUGAACCAAUGUGUCUUGGUCUAAACUGUGCUUUGGGCGCUGUAGAGAUGAGACCGUUCAUUGAAGCAUUUUCAAUGGAAACAGAUCGUUACAUAAUUUGUUAUCCAAAUGCUGGUCUCCCAAACACCUUUGGAGGCUACGAUGAGUUGCCGGAAAUGACUGCCUCAUACUUAAAGCAAUUCGUGAGCGAUGGUUUGGUGAAUAUUGUUGGUGGUUGCUGUGGAACUACUCCGGAUCAUAUAAAAGCAAUCAAAGAAGCCGUUGCUCCCUUAAAACCGAGGAUACCGCCCAAAGAUCUGCACAGUGAUGCACUUUUGCUGUCAGGACUGGAAAGGACGCUUGUUUCAAGCGAUUCGCUUUUUCUCAACAUCGGCGAGAGAUGUAAUGUCGCUGGUUCCCGCCGUUUUGCCAGGCUCAUCCGGGACGGCCACUAUGAGGAAGCUCUAAAUGUAGCGAAACUUCAGGUUGAAAAUGGCGCUCAAGUUUUGGACAUCAACAUGGACGAAGGUCUUUUGGACGGUGUUUCAGCCAUGGCGAAAUUUGUUAAUCUCAUUGCAUCCGAACCAGAGAUUGCCAAGAUUCCCCUAUGCAUCGACUCAUCCAAUUUCGCCGUCAUCGAAGCAGGUUUAAAGUGCACUCAAGGCAAAUGCAUUGUGAACAGUAUCAGCUUGAAAAACGGCAAGAAAGAUUUCAUCGAGAAAGCCAACUUAAUCAAGAAAUAUGGCGGCGCAGUUGUCAUUAUGGCGUUUGACGAAACUGGUCAGGCAGCAGAAUGUGAACGAAAGGUCGAGAUUUGUAGUCGUGCGUAUCAUAUUUUGGUAAACGAAGUAAAUUUUAAUCCAAACGACAUCAUCUUUGAUCCAAAUAUCUUGACGGUCGCUACCGGAAUCGAGGAGCAUAAUAAUUAUGGCAAAUAUUUUAUCGAGGCGACAAGACUCAUAAAGACACAUCUGCCUCAUGCUCGCGUCAGUGGUGGCCUGUCAAACUUCUCUUUCUCCUUUCGUGGUAUGGAUGUGAUCAGGGAAGCCAUGCACAGCGUUUUUCUAUAUCACGCUAUUAAGGCUGGUCUGGACAUGGCCAUCGUAAACGCGGGAAAUCUUCCUGUUUAUGAUGACAUCGACAAGCGAUUGCUUGAACUUUGUGAAGCUGUGUUAUGGAACACAGAUCCAAACGCCACUGAGAAACUUCUUCAGCAUGCCCAGUCUCUUGGUAAAGGAGCGAAAAAGCAAGAAGUCAGUGACGAAUGGCGUUGUGGAUGUGCCGAAGAUAAGCUGGAAUAUGCCUUAGUCAAGGGCAUAGAUAAGUUUGUGAUCGAAGAUGUUGAAGAAUGCAGACAGAAUUUUGAACGAUACCCACAACCUUUGAAAGUCAUUGAAGGCCCUCUGAUGAAGGGAAUGUCAAUCGUUGGUGAUCUCUUUGGAGCGGGAAAGAUGUUCUUGCCACAGGUUAUCAAGUCAGCCCGUGUUAUGAAGAAGGCAGUUGCUUAUCUCAUACCGUACAUUGAAAAAGAAAAGGAGCAGAUGGAACAAGAGUUGCGGGCACAAGGCGCUUGGGAUGAAAACAAACGUUUUAACGGAACGAUUGUGUUAGCUACAGUGAAAGGAGAUGUUCACGACAUUGGAAAGAAUAUUGUUGGAGUUGUGCUACGAUGUAACAACUAUAGAGUGAUUGAUCUUGGAGUGAUGACACCGUGUGAAAAGAUAUUGCAAACAGCGAUUGAAGAAAGAGCAGAUAUCAUUGGUCUAUCGGGUCUUAUCACCCCAUCUCUUGAAGAGAUGAUUCAUGUUGCGAAGGAAAUGGAAAGGCAGGGUUUCAAAAUACCUCUGCUUAUUGGCGGAGCUACGACGUCAAAGACACACACUGCAGUUAGAAUAUGUCCGAGGUACUCUGAGCCAACCAUUCAUGUCCUGGACGCUUCAAAAAGUGUUGUUGUGUGUGGGAGGUUGCUGAACGAGGAAGAGAAAGAAGAUUACUGUCUAGAUAUCAACGAGGAUUAUGACAUGCUACGCUCUGAUCAUUACGACGGUAUAAAGGACCGAAGAUAUUUAUCAUUGGCCAAUGCCGAAAGAAGGAAAAGGCUCGUUCUAGACUGGACGACAUUUAAGCCAGUCCGUCCAAAGUUUCUUGGAGCUCAAGUUUUCGAUAAUUACGAAAUAGAAAAGAUAAUUCCUUACAUCGACUGGAAGCCAUUCUUCGAUGUCUGGCAAUUGCGCGGGAAAUAUCCAAACCGCGGAUAUCCCAAGAUAUUUCGCGACAAAACUGUAGGCGCGGAAGCAAAGAAAGUGUUUGACGAAGCCCAAACCUUACUGAAUGAAAUUGUCGAAAAGAAAUUAUUUCGCGCCGUGGCCCAAAUAGCCUUCUAUCCAGCCAACAGCCAAGGGGAUGACAUCCUCUUGUAUCGUCCCGAAGACGAUGGAAAAUUUAAAGAAACAUUAGCUGUGUUUUACAGCCUGAGACAGCAAGCGGAGAAAGAGCCUGGGUCGGAUGACCCGUACGUGUGCUUGUCGGAUAUGGUAGCACCAUUGGAGUCUGGGAUCCAGGACUAUGUCGGUUGCUUUGCGUGUUCGGUGUUUGGCGCCGAGGAACUGGUCAAAGAAUACGAGGCGGCUGGUGAUGACUACAGUUCUAUUAUGGUGAAAGCUCUUGCUGAUAGACUGGCAGAGGCGUUGGCUGAAGAGCUUCACGAACGGGUUCGAAAAGAAUUCUGGGGCUACAGCAAUACAGAAGCCCUCGAAGCUAAAGAAUUGCACAUGAUCAAAUAUGAGGGGAUACGACCAGCCCCGGGAUAUCCCAGCCAGCCGGAUCACACCGAGAAACGAACCAUGUGGGAUUUGAUGGACUGUGAGAGACAAACUGGUAUCCAACUGACUGAAUCUUUAGCUAUGUACCCAGCGGCGUCUGUUUGUGCCAUCUACUUCGCUCAUCCCAAGUCCUACUAUUUCUCUGUCGGCAAGAUUACCGAGGAACAGGUGAAAGAUUAUGCAGAGAGAAAAGGUUUUAGCGUCGAAGAAAUGGAAAGAUGGCUGGCUCCGAUUUUGUCUUACGAAAGAGAUGAUUCCCCAAUGUCGGCGUGAAUCAUUCGUAGUCUUUUUUCUCUUAGGCUUCUAAAAUUGAUAUUUAUUUAUAACGUUCGACGCUUGCAACUAUUUAGUUUGAUAUUUUGAUAAUGCUAUGGGUGGGGAGUAGGAACAGACAUAUAAAGACGGGUUUUAACGAUCAAUUGGAAGGGUUCAGAGCUUUGAAUCCAGCAUUCAGGGUAGUCGCGCGUCUUUUCAGGGUCGAGAUAUAACGCAUUUGAAAAGUCGCAUACAGCAACUGGCUGAACUGGAAGAAUUCUAAUAUCCAUAUCGACGCGCGAUAUCUUAAUUCAAUUAACAUACGGAGGUACGAGCCUAAAAUCGAUAAAACAUUUGCCCAACUUUUCUAUAUUCAAUUAAUAAUAAUUUCAUCCUAUGGCAGAGAACUCCACAGUGUGUCCAAAAAAGUGCCCUCUUGAAUUUACAAACAUUGCCGGUUAAUGAAGCAUGCCAAGGGUAUAUUUUUUCACGUAUUGCAAAAGAAAAGGUAUUGUUCUUUCGAGCAAUUUUGCAUAUUCAUACGAUGGUUUAACAUUGAGUAAUAAUUAGAUAUGUAUAUUUCAAUUCUUCUAAUCUCAGCCACCACACACGCGUUGUGAUUCAAAACUUCGAAAUGGCUUCUACACGGUUCUAACUAAAGCCGGUUCUAACUAAAGCCGGUUCUAACUAAAGCCGGUUCUAACUAAAGCAAGAGACGCGGGUUUGACGGCUGUGAAAAUCGCAAUGAACAGUUCUGGCAUUUUGGCGACAGAUUUAACUCGACGAGCAUGCAAACUUGUUUCACGACACGUUCAUAUUUUGAAGGCGAAGCGUCUGCAUCGUUCAAAAUUACCUUUUAACUGUCUCCUGGUGAGUUUCUCUAAAUGUGAAUGGCACGUGUAAUAUAUCUAUACAAUAUAGUCUUGAGAAUUUAU